CAGCCUGCGCACCGGAGCAGCGCUAAUGGCGGAGAGCGUGCGGUCGCCGUUCGACUACCGGGAGCCCCCGACCCUCGACAGUGACGGGGAAGGCAGCAAACCGCCGCCGCGCGGGCGUGUGUGUGGCAGGAAGAGGAAGGGGACGCCGGUGAAGGUGUGUGAGCGAGCGGCGUAUGUGUCAGAAGAUGAAGAAGAGAGUCUGUCUGAACACAGCUACAGUCCAGGGGACCAGCAGUAUGCUGAGGGUGCUGAGGACAGACUUCCCCCGCCGGGCAGCCCAUACUACAUCACUGAUCACUCACAGCUCUGUGUGCCGGAACUCGGUGAGGAGGGUUCCAGUGGAGUCAGAGGGCCCGUUCUCUUCCACCCGCCACCUAACUGCAGGAUUAGAGAGGUGCAUUGUGGGAGUCAGGUGCGGCUUGUCGUCAUAGCGAUUCGAGACAUCGCUAAAGGCGAAGAGAUCACGGUGGACUACAGCCUCACUGACUGGGGAGAAAAUGCCAUGGGUUUUCAUGGUGCUGUGUCACCACAAGGCUUCGAGUGUGGAUUUAACUCGGAAAACAACAUCAAGAAGGUGAUUAACACGCACGCACACACACACUGUUGUGAUGAGUAUGUCUCUUUGACUGUAAUUUAUUCAAUGUUUUACUUGUAA